AUGAUAUAAAUCAUGUGUUAUUUGAUUGAUUGCUAAUAUAAAUGAUGCCAUCGUUUGAAUUGAAAGACCAAAACAUUAGAUUUAAUUGAAAACAAAUGAUUGCAACAAAAGUUUUUUGACAUUUGCUUUGAAAUCAAUGUUUAAAUUAAUUAACAAUUGAUUUCAAUUAAUGAAAUAACUUAUUGUUUAUAACAUUGUUUGAUAUAAAGGGCUAUAUAUUUGAAACACAUAUAAAAUGUUUAUAAAACAGGUAAUAAUUAGUGGUUUUCGGUCAUAUCGGGAGCAGACAGUAGUGGAGCCGUUCAGUGCCCGACAUAAUGUGAUCGUUGGUCGCAACGGUUCGGGAAAGAGUAACUUCUUCUACGCCAUUCAGUUCGUACUGUCGGAUGAGUUCUCCCAUCUGAGACCCGAUCAAAGACAACAACUGCUUCACGAGGGACCCGGACAGAGGACAAUGAUUGCAUACGUAGAGAUCAUCUUUGACAACAGCGACAAUAGACUGCCCAUCGAUGAAGUAAAUGUCACAUUAAGACGACAAAUUGGUCUAAAGAAAGACCAGUAUUACUUGAAUAAAAAGAUUGUCACCAGAAGUGAUGUGAUGAAUGUUUUGGAAAGCGCAGGAUUUUCCAGAAGUAAUCCAUAUUAUAUCGUCAAACAGGGAAAGAUCAACCAAAUGGCUACCGCACCUGAUCCACAAAGACUUAAAAUAUUACGAGAAGUGGCCGGAACUCGUAUUUAUGACGAAAGGAAAGAGGAAUCACGGGUUCUUUUAAGAGACACUGAAAAUAAAUUGGAAAAAAUUAUUGAUUUUUUGAAGUACAUUGAAGAACGCCUUCAGACAUUGGAGGGCGAAAAGGAAGAGCUCAAAGAAUACCAGAAAUGGGACAAAAUGAGACGUGCACUCGAGUAUACCAUUUAUAAUAACGAGUUAGAGGACACUCGUAAACGGCAGCGCGAGUUAGAUACCCGACGAGAGACCAGUGGCUUAGUUACUGAGAAACUAAGAGAAGCGCUUCAGGGGUCGACCGAUAAAAUUAAAGAAUUUAGUCGUGAUUUACGUGAAGUGAGAACCAAAUUACAGAGCUAUAGGGAUGAGAAGGAAGCUCUUAAUGUAGAGCAGUCAUCAUUUCUUAAAGAAAAAACACGACUUGAACUACAUAUUAAAGAUCUUAAGGAUGAAGUCGAAGGCGACGCCUCCUCUAAGAAAAGAGCUGACACUGAGUUGGCGACACUUAAAGAAAGAAUUACUGAAAAACAGGCGGAAUUGAACCAAAUUAGACCCGAAUAUGAAGAAAUGAAACGUAUGGAAGAAGAUUGUACGAGAAAUCUAAGUCUUAAAGAACAAAAAAGAUCAGAAUUGUAUGCAAAACAGGGCAGAGGAUCUCAAUUCACAUCCAAACAUGAAAGAGAUAAUUGGAUACAAAAUGAGUUAAAAUCUUUGCGACGCAAUAUUCAAGACAAACGAAUCCAAAUUGACAGACUUAGAGAUGAUCUCAAAAAAGAUGCCAAAAGAAAGGAAGAAUUGGAGGCCAAGAUUGAAGAACUAACUAAAGAAUUAGAGAAUAAUCGGUCGAGUAUUGACAAUCAAAACAAAACAUUUUAUGAUAUGAAGAAAAAGAAGGAUACGCUUCAAAAUGAAAGAAAUGAUUUAUGGCGUCAGGAAAACUCAAUGCAACAAAACCAUAAUAUGCUUAUUGAAGAAAAGGCCAAAAAAGACCAAUUGUUGAGAUCAAUGGUCGGUAAAACCAUUUUGAAUGGAAGGGAUUCAGUUAGAAGAGUAUUACAGUUAUUCCGCGAAAGAGGCGGAAGAGACGAACAGGUGUCCAAACAUUACUAUGGAAUGCUUAUCGAGAACUUUGACUGUGGAAAGGAGUUCUAUACGGCCGUCGAAAUGACCGCCGGAAACAAACUGUUCCAUCACAUCGUCGAGAAUGACAAAGUGGGGACAAGAAUACUACAAGAAAUGAAUAAAAUGAAACUUCCGGGUGAAGUGACUUUUAUGCCAAUUAAUAGACUUUUCUCCAAAGAGAUAGCAUAUCCCGAUUCUGGAGACGCCAUUCCUAUGAUAAGUCGAUUAAGUUAUGAUAGCAAACAUGAAAUAGUAAUGAGAUUUAUAUUUGGAAAGACCUUAAUUUGUCGGUCCUUAGAAGUGGCCACUUCUUUGGCUCGAAGCUCUCAUUUAGAUUGCAUUACGUUAGACGGCGAUCAAGUGUCACAUAAGGGUUCUCUAACCGGCGGUUACUUUGACUCUCGUCGCUCACGUCUCGAACUUCACAAAACACAUUCAUCAUUAAUGUCAGAAAUACAGGAACAGAAGCAACAGUUGGACGGACACCACCAGAAACUUAAUGAUGUCGAGUCACAAAUCAAUCAAAUUGUCGGUGAAAUGCAAAGAGCGGAGACCAAGAAUAGCAAAAACAAGGAUACGUUCGAUAAAAUGAAAACCGAUAUCAGACUCUUGAAGGAUGAGUUGUCGACUAUUGAAAGGUCGAGACAACCGAAAGAAAGAAGUCUUGUAAGUCAUGAAUCGAGUUUGAAUUCAAUGGAAUCCUUAGAAGAAUCACUAAGAAAUGAGUUGCAACAGGACUUACUGACCCAUCUAUCUGUGACCGAUCAACAAGAGGUCGAUCGUCUUAACGAUGAUAUAAGACAAUUGACUCAAAAGAAUAAAGAAGCGUUUAGUCGACGUAUGCAUUUGGAGGCACAGAAGAAUAAAUUAGAAAAUUUAUUAAAUAACAAUCUCUGUCGUCGUAAAGACGAAUUAGAGGCCGCUUUACAGGAGAUCUCUGUCGAAGAUCGCAAACAAAAGUUGGAAAGUGAAAGACAAGAACUAAAUGUAAUUAGUGGUCGAAUUGAUGACGUGAACGAACAAAUUAAAACUAUUGACGAAAAUCUUGAAUCGAUGACUAAAAAACAAAGAGAACUUCAGAUUGAUUUAGAAAAGAAAAAGAGUGACGAAAGAGACACAAUUGAAAGGAUUAACGAAGACUCGAAAGAUUUGGAGAAAAUGACUUCAAAACAGGCGGUGUUCACUAAAAAAGUUGAAGAAUGUAUGCGAAAGAUUCGUGAGUUGGGUACACUUCCCGGCGAUGCUGAGACUAAAUACGCUAAUCUUAGUCUUAAACAACUGUACAAAAAACUACAACAAUGUAAUCAAGAGCUCCAAAAGUAUAGUCACGUUAAUAAAAAAGCAUUGGAUCAGUAUUUAGAAAACUCUGAGAAAAAAGAAAAAUUAUUACAAAGAAAGGCAGACUUAGACGCCGGUCAUCGAUCUAUUGUUGACUUAAUGACAGCUUUAGAACAACGCAAAUAUGAAGCAAUUCAAGUGACUUUCAGACAGGUCUCCAUGUUUUUUGGUGAAGUCUUCAAACGUCUGGUACCAAGUGGUAGAGCACAUCUCGACAUGAAAACUGAAGACAUCAAUCAUGACACGGGAUCGCAAUCUCAGAACAACUCGGGUCCGCCAACUUUCGACAAUUUCAGUGGUGUUAGUAUUAGAGUCUCAUUUACCGGAAGUAAUGCAGAAAUGAAAGACAUGCAACAGUUGUCCGGCGGACAGAAAUCAUUGGUAGCGUUAGCCUUCAUAUUUGCCAUUCAGAAGUGCGACCCGGCGCCAUUUUAUCUCUUUGAUGAAAUCGAUCAGGCAUUAGAUCCACAGCAUAGAAAAGCUGUCGCAGAUAUGAUACAUGAGCUGUGCAAAGACGCCCAAUUUAUUACAACUACAUUCAGACCCGAACUGUUAGAAAAAGCGGACAAAUUCUAUGGCGUCAAAUUCAGAAACAGAAUCAGUCAUAUCGAAGUCGUUUGCAGAGAAGAAGCACAAGACUUUGUCGAAGACGACACAACACAUACAUGAAUCACAUUACAUGUGUGUAUAUAUAAGUUUUAUAUAUAUAUAUAUUU